AUGAGUGAAAAAAAUAAAAAUGUAUGGAUAUGUCAAGUUGCUAAAUGUGGAUAUACAAAUACAUCCAGCACAAAAUAUUGUGACAAUUGUGAUGCUAGAAGGCAGGAUGAUUUAGAAAUUAAAAGUAAUACAAAAGAGGAUAUAAAAUAUUGGAAAUGUAAUUAUUGUAAUAAGUUAAAUAAAAAUAAAUAUAAUGAUUGUGGUAAAUGUCACAAGUUACGAGAAGAAAAAUCUCCAGUUAAAGUAGAGACUGAAGGAAAAAGUUCAGAGACAGAAGAUCUUGAUAAAUAUGCUUUAGAUUUUGAUGAUGCUACUAGUGAUGGAAUGAGUCUUGCUGAAAAAAUACGAGCAAUGAGACAACAAGCAGAUGAAUCUGACUGUUCUUGUUCCUGUAGUGGUGGUAGUUGUUCUUGUGAAGAAAAUUAA